ACAGCCCGAACCGAGCAGAAACAGAGCAGAGCACGGGACUCCUGCUCCUGGCCUCCCCUGAACUCUAUAGCGAUCGGAACUUUUUUUUUUCUUCCCCCGACCACUUCUUUGCCACACUGAGCAAAGUCUACGCGUCCCAACAGAUCUGGGUCUGCGAGGUAUGGCGAUGAGACUUACAUGGACGAAGUUGGAAAACUUUUGCUGACGUUAAAGUGGAGUUGGUCGCCUCGCUAAAGGCAUUGUGGAUUACUGAAACACAGCAGAACUAACAGCGGGGUGACCUUUGGCGUCUGUUUAUUGGGGGACCUUCACCGUGGUAGAGUUGUGCCGAGGCCCUAACCGUGAAGUCUUUAGCCGCCGAGAUGGGGAGCAAAGCCCUGCCCGCUCCGAUCCCUCUCCACCCGUCUCUCCAGCUCACCAACUACUCGUUCCUGCAGGCGGUCAACGCCUUCCCGGCAGCCGUCGACCAGCUCCAGGGACUGUACGGUCUUAGCGCGGUGCAAACCAUGCACAUGAACCACUGGACACUGGGCUAUCCGUACAUACAGGGACUAAGGUCGACUAUCACUGAGAUGGCUGCGGCUCAGGGCUUAAUGGAUCCCCGGUUCACCUUCACGGGGCUACCGUUCGCCGCACACCUCUUCCACCCCAAACAGGGCAUUACUCACCUUAUCCCCGGGCUGCACAAGGACCGACCACCGCGCUUUGACUUUGCCAACCUGGCGAUAGCUGCCACCCAGGAGGACCCGCCGAAGGCUGGGGAUCUUUCAAAGUUGACAGCGGGGCUCGGGGGCACGAUCUCUGAGUUCAACAAACUGUCGCCUGAUAGAAAACCCACCCGGGGAAGGCUUCCGUCAAAGACGAAAAAGGAAUUUAUUUGCAAGUUCUGUGGCAGGCAUUUCACAAAGUCGUACAAUCUUCUGAUCCACGAGAGGACCCACACAGACGAGCGGCCUUAUACCUGUGAUAUCUGCCACAAGGCCUUCCGAAGACAGGACCACCUGAGAGACCACAGAUACAUCCACUCCAAGGAAAAGCCCUUCAAAUGUCAAGAAUGUGGGAAAGGAUUUUGUCAGUCUCGAACUUUAGCCGUUCAUAAAACAUUACAUAUGCAGGAAUCUCCUCACAAAUGCCCCACAUGCGGAAGAACCUUUAAUCAGAGAAGUAACCUGAAAACUCACCUUCUCACCCAUACAGACAUCAAGCCCUACAGCUGUGACCGCUGCGGAAAGGUGUUUCGGCGCAACUGUGACCUGCGACGGCACAGUUUGACGCACACCCCUCAUCAGGACUACUAGCCUAUCUGAGAAGGCUGAUGAACAGCUAAACAAACAAACAAACAAACAAACAAACAAACAAAACGGACGUAAACAGAGGAGACAACAACAUCGACAAACGUUUUCUUUUUCCAUUGAAAGAAUAUCCCAAACUGAACUGUGGACAAGCCAUAUUACAAUGGACUAAUGAACAGUACUGCGUCUCCAGUGAAAGUCAAGGAGCCCAGACAGAGACAGACCUCUCUUGUUCCUCUUCUAACUGUAAAUAUCAAGACUUUUGGAGCCCAUGUAAAUAAUGUAUUUUUUGUUAAAAAAUGUUUCUUGAAUUAAAAAAGUUGUUUAAAAACAACCCUAAUGUUUAAAGUAUGUUAAAUUGUAUUUUAGAAAAUAAAGCAAGUUAAAUAUU